AUGACCGCCGAUGACCCUGCUCGCAUGCUUGCGCCGACCGGCCUCGACGACACCAUGGCCAGUCCUCGCAUAUAUCCUUUUCACGACCAUAGACAAGACACACGCGACCUCUUCUACCAUGGCUUCACCAACUACAUGAAGCAUGCCUUUCCCGAGGACGAAGUCAAGCCAUUGUCCUGCAAGCCCCUAACCCGCAAUCGCGACAACCCUGCCGACAUUGGGCGCAACGAUGUACUGGGCAACUACAGCUUGACACUGAUCGAUUCGCUUUCGACACUCGCAAUCCUCGCAUCUGGCAAGGAAGAUGGAAAGGACGGUCAUAAUGCUCUCCACGACUUCCAAGACGGAGUGAAGUCUUUGGUCCACCAUUACGGAGACGGACAUCAUGGGAGCUGCGGGAAGAGAGCAUGCGCCUUUGACCUUGACAGCAAGGUCCAGGUCUUUGAGACCAACAUCCGAGGCGUAGGAGGGCUACUUUCAGCACAUCUGUUCGCAGUUGGGGAUCUGCCAAUCCGUGGAUAUCAGUCAACAUGGGCGGAGCGAAAAGACGGGACAGAAGCCAUCUUCUGGAACCACAACCGCUUCGUCUACGAUGGACAACUUUUGCGCCUGGCGUACGAUCUGGCAACACGCCUGCUUCCGGCUUUCAGGACCGAGACCGGUCUGCCGUACCCGAGAGUGAAUCUGCGGCACGGCAUACCUUUCUACAAGAACGCAGAGGACGGGGUGUGUCGACUGGACGGCUCCUCCACGAAUCCGAGGGAGAUCACCGAGACCUGCGCGGCUGGAGCUGGAAGUCUGGUACUUGAGUUCACUACAUUGAGUCGUUUGACUGGCGACGAUAUGUUCGAGAAGCUGGCAAAGCAAGCUUUCUGGUUGGUGUGGGACCGCCGCAGCUCCAUCAAUCUGGUCGCAGGUGGCAUUGACGCGGAGAGCGCACAGUGGAUUAUGCCACCCUUGUCUGGCAUUGGAGCGGGCAUUGACAGCUUUUUCGAAUACGCGCUGAAAUCCUACAUCCUACUCUCCGGCGCCUCGCCACUGCAGUACGACGACGACCAAGAAGAGGAGGUAUUUCCAGCUCACUUCGACGACCCGAACGCCUACCUCGACGUCUGGACCACUUCCCACGACGCCAUCAAUCACCACAUCCUGCGCUCUUCUUGGAUCGCGACGCACCCGUACCACGGCCAAUCUGACUUCCUCACCGGCGCUCCCCGCUACAAUUGGAUCGACAACCUGUCCGCCUACUUUCCCGGUCUGCUCACACUGUCCGGCCACCUCGACGAAGCCAUCGAGUCUCACCUCCUUUUUACUGCCCUCUGGACUCGCUACUCCGCUCUCCCCGAGCGCUGGCACAUCACACCGAACGGCGGCUUCGUGGACAACAACUUCCGCCACUGGGCUGGCCGACCAGAAUUCAUUGAAAGUACGUGGUACUUGUACCGCGCCACGAAGGAUCCAUGGCUGCUCAGCGUCGGCGAGAUGGUCUUGCGGGAUGUGAGAAGAAGAUGCUGGGCCAAAUGCGGAUGGGCGAGCUUGCGGGACGUACUCGCUAACGACGACUUUGGCGAAGGCGGGAAGAAUGAUGCUCGGAGUGACCGCAUGGAGAGUUUCUUCCUUGGUGAGACGGCGAAGUAUAUGUACCUGCUUUUCGACGACGACCACCCGCUGAACGGGAACGGUGUCGAUGGCAUGGUGUUCAGCACUGAGGGCCACCCGCUACUGAUACCCCGCCGGUACCGCGGAAAGCCAGACAGCCCUUCUGCCUCCACGCAAUCUUCGAGUGACCCUGCCACACCAGCACCGACCUGCGACGUCCCUCCUUCACCCCUCCCCCUCACAAUCUCCAACAUCGCCGCCCGCCCCAACCUCUUCCACCCCUCCGCCCUCACGAACCUCCACAACGUCCCCAUCAAUCCCGCCCGCUCCUCCCCACUCCUCCCGCCCUCGCCUAACAACCCCAGCAUCUCCGCCUCCGACAUCCGGAGCCCGACAAACUACACCUUCUACCCCUGGACCCUCACCUCGGACCUCAUCCCACCCAUGGGCUUCAGCCGACCGAUCUGGAAAGCCGUCAGCAGCACCCUCACUUUCCCGGACCUCGCCGCCGCUGUCCAAGGAGAAGGCGCAACACAACCACCAAAAGGCAUCGUCCCGCUCGGUGCGCUGCAGAAGGUCGCAGAAGGGAUUCUGGUGAAUAGUCUGAGUAACGUGCGGUUCGAUAUGGUGCAAGAGCCUGCGUUCCUCUCCUUCCCUGACGGGGCUGGAGUAAUGGAAGUGAGGGAUUGGAGGGUCAGUGGGAUUGCGAACUGGGCGCUCGGAAGGGAUGAGAGGGUUUUGGUGAGAGAGGGGGCGAUGGAGGGGUUGGGGCUGGCGGCGGGGGGUGGGGAGCAUUUUAGACGGGUGCGGGAUUUGGAGUGGGUGGAUUUGGUUUUGGAUGUGCCUGUGUUGCCGCCUACGGGAGAGGUGGGGAGAGGUGCAAAGGAGAAGGCAGACGAAGAGCUGGACAUGGAGGUUGAAUUGAGCGACGACGAAAACGACAAUACCGCCAACGCAACCCUAGAAACCCUCUGGUCCGAAGUCGAACGCCUCGCCUCCAACCUCCUCUCCGACCUCGGCCUCGACAUCGACAUCUCCCCCCCCACCAAUCCUCCUUCCCACCCCGAUACCUCCUCAAAGGUCCCCUCAACCCCCACACCGCCCGCCACCCUAAAACGCACCCUCAUCCCCGCCAUCCUCCCCACCGGGCCCGGCGCCGCCCCGCUCCCCCCCUCCCUCGAACUCACCGACCUCCUCGCUACCCCGCUCUCCGCACUCCCCCUGUCCAGCGAGAAGAUCUUCUUCCUCGACUCAACGCUCUGCACGCACAUCCUCCCCGGCACUAUUGCAAGGAAGUACAGCGUGCUGGUGAUACGGAGGGGCGGGUGCAGUUUUGGGGAGAAGUUGGCGAAUAUCCCCGUUAUACCCUCGGGUGGUAAAGAUGGGUUAAGGCUGGUGGUUGUGCUGGACGAUGGCAGCUCAGAGGGCUUAGGGCUUAUCCGCCCACUUCUAGACGAAAUCCAGCGCUCGCCCAAGGGGCUGGUGAGGCGGGAGGGGUUGGGUAUGGUUUUGGUUGGUGCUGCGGCGGAAGAGGCGCUGAGGGCUGUGGCCGGGGGUGGGGGGUGGGAUGAUGGGGGUGGGGAGAUGGUGGAGAUGGAGCGGAAGGAGGGAGGAAGGGGAAAACUGGGGGAUAAGGAAGGAAAGGUGGAGGGGAGGAGCAUGGGUGUGAAGAGGAGGUAUUGGUUUGAGAGUCAGGGGGUAAGGAUUGGGAAUUUGGUUAUGCUGUGA